UCCCUCCCUUCCCCCUUUUUACCUCUUACUAGAGAUGAGUGGAUUUACUGGUUUAAUUUUUCUCUGGGAUGAUGGGCGAUGCUCUGUUGUUUUAGGUAGCACAGAAGAACUCCUCUGACUCCCUAAAUCUCAUCUCAGGAACUGAGUGCGGGGCCAGGAAGUGUCCUACCCGAUCUGCUUGCUUCCCAGGGUGUCCCAAAGCGAUCCUCACAAUCUUGGGUUUCCCACUUCGGUUUGUUCUGGGAUGGAGGCAGUGUUGAGGCCUCACUGUGAUGAACAGCACCCUCAUCAGGCUGAAGACUUCCAUGGAAAGCACGAGCAGAACGGCAAGCUCCCAGCAGGAAUCAAAAGAGAUAUUGAAAAGCUUUACGAAGCAGUGCCACAGCUUGUGAAUGUGUUCAAAAUCAAGGAGAAAAUUGGAGAAGGUACUUUUAGUUCUGUUUACUUGGCCACAGCACAACUACAAACAGGACAUGAGGAAAAAAUGGCUCUGAAACACUUGAUUCCAACCAGCCACCCUCUGCGAAUUGCUGCUGAACUGCAGUGCCUCACAGUAGCAGGGGGGCAAGAUAACGUUAUGGGAGUUAAAUACUGCUUUAGGAAGAAUGAUCAUGUGGUUAUUGUUAUGCCGUACCUGGAACAUGAAUCCUUCCUGGACAUCUUGAAUUCUCUUUCCUUUGAUGAAGUGAGGGAAUACAUGUUUAAUCUGUUCAGAGCGCUGAGGCGCAUUCACCACUUCGGGAUUGUUCACCGUGAUGUCAAGCCCAGUAACUUCCUCUACAACAGGCAGCUGAAGCAGUAUGCCUUGGUAGAUUUUGGCUUGGCACAAGGAACCCCUGAUACAAAAAUCGAACUUCUCAAAACCGCCCAUUCUGAAGACCAGCAGGGAAGUUGCUCGCAAAAUAAUCCCAGCAUAGCCUUGGGAAAUGGGGUUUCUGUCAGUGUCACAGCACCUGCACAGAUAGCUCAACAGUCAGCCUCAAAAGCAGCUGAUAAAAGGUCCAGCUCACUAUCAAAAAUACAGAUUAAACAAGGAAGAGGAGGAAAGGAGGAUUCUGUGCACCAUUCCGUCCAGCGCUCUGUCUUCGGAGAGAGGAAUUUCAAUGUCUAUAGUUCCACAUACCAAGAGAACUCAAGUGCAAAACUCAUAAAACAAUCCAAGAUGAUAGAUGUUUCAUCUAGGAAGUUAGUAACAAAGAAGAAGAUUAUUUCUACCAAAGCAGUGAGCAAUGGGGCAGCCAGGAAAGCUGCCAGUGCCUGUCCCUCAAACCUGACCUGUGACUGUUACGCAACGGACAGAGUUUGCAGUGUUUGCCUUUCAAGGUGUCAGCAAGUUGCUCCCAGAGCAGGAACACCCGGAUUCAGAGCACCAGAAGUACUGACAAAGUGCCCCACUCAGACCACAGCUAUUGACAUGUGGUCUGCAGGAAUCGUAUUCCUCUCUCUGCUCAGUGGACGGUAUCCAUUUUACAAAGCAAGCGAUGAUUUAACUGCUUUGGCACAAAUCAUGACAGUUCGUGGAUCCAGAGAAACCAUUCAAGCUGCUAAAACUUUUGGUAAAUCAGUUCUGUGCACUCAAGUUGUCCCAGCACAGAACUUGAGAACCCUCUGCGAGAAGCUGAGAGGAACACACAGCAGCUGUACGAGAUGCCAGGGUGAAGUGCCCAGCAAGGCUGGAAGUGACUCAGCUUUGCCAGACAAACUGUGUGCUCCUGAGCCACUUGGAAAGCAAAUUCAACACUCAAAGAGCUUCCAGGAAGGUGAUGGUGCUUUGGAAAUGAAGGCAACAGACAUGAAAGGAUGGGAUCAGGUUCCUGAUGAAGCAUAUGACCUACUUGACAAGCUACUAGACUUAAACCCUGCAACAAGAAUAACUGCAAAAGAGGCUUUGCUGCAUCCUUUUUUUAAAGACAUGAAACUCUGAGAUCCCAUGUUCUGUUCUUCCUUCCAUGUAUUUUAUGUGGAAAUGGGAUACUGAGGUAGUUUUGCCUCGUUGCCCUCAACAUUUACACUCAGUGCAAUGCCAUCACACUGUGCACAGAGCUACUGAAGUUGUCUUGUACAGUUGGACUGAAAAUGUCAGCUUAAGAAAUACUUGCAGGUGUAAAAAUGACGUAAACAUCACUAACAUGGUCUUAUCCUGAGACACUUGUGAGGGGUUAUUGCUGUACGUACCUGUUCUCUGAGAAAGUUAACUUUGAUCAAAAACUACAAAGAAAAAGAAUUUCACAAGCUCUGUGCUUAAUUCUCAACAUAUUCCCUUAAAAUUUACAAACUUGCCUUAAGGUAUGACUGAAAUAUGAAAGUGCUUGAGAGACUUUUUGCCAUACUUGCAUCUCUGUGCCUUGUUCCUGAUGAGUACAUGGGGGACUGACAAGGGAACCAAGUGUGUUAGUUUGGUUCAGACUAUUUCCAGAGAGCAGUAUUCCUCUGGGAGUGUUGCUGGAGGAGGGGCCAGGUGCUGGGGGUUGUAUCAUCAAAAGAAAAGCACAACUCUUUUAAAAGUGCUUUUUUUGUUUCUGUCUGGGCUUUUCUACUCAGGCAAUAGUAAUAAAUGCAGUUACUCUUUUUACAUAGCCCAUGUUUCCUCAGUGCCAUGGGUAACUGUCAGUAUUCAACAACUCCUGCCUUCAGAAUGUCUCAUGUGAUGUGCAUACGUUUGAUUUCUGUUCUGGAAACUGAUUUUUUUUAAAGAAUAUCUGUUAAAUAAAGGAUUUGUUUUUAUAA